AUGUCAAGAGUUGCUUCUGUUUGCUUGAUUCUGGCACUGCUAAUGUUGUUGGUACCUCCUACAUUAAUAACAUUUUGGGUUCGUAAAUUCAAAAAAAUGGAAAGCGAAAUUAAGGACGUCGCGGGUUCAAGUCUUGAAAACAACCUCUUGCAGAAAUGCAAGGUGUAUGCACCAGCCAAUGUACAAGAUGUUCAACUAAGCCAUUUUCAUCAGACCAUUAAAUUUGGAUUAAUGUUAAUCAUCUUAAUGAUGGUUGCUUUGGCUGUUUCAAUAAUCACAUUUGUGAUACUAAUAAUAAGAUCAAGAAGAAGAGAAAUGCUUUUGUAUGAUGAACUUACAAAGCAAAUUGAAGCAACUCAAGAAGCAAUUAGAAAAAGUAUGAACAAAAGUACUGCAUUUGUUCAAGCAAAUCAUGAUCUUAGUGUAAGUCUUGCUUCAAUCAAUGGAUUAAUCGAGCUCUGUCGUGGCACGCCCCAUGCUUCACCAGAAUCCGAAUUGGUGAAUUAUUUGAAUAUGAUGGAAUCUUGCACGAACGAUCUUUUAGGCUUUUUGAGUUCUGUUCUUGACCAAAGCAAGAUAGAACGAGGGAAGAAGUAUCUUAAAGAAGAAGAAUUCGACAUGGAAGAUCUACUAGAACACGUUGUCAACAUGAAUUACCCCAAUGGGGCAAAGAAGAAUGUUGACGUGGUACUAGAUCCAUGUAAUGGAUCUAUUACAAAAUUUUCUCGAGUUAAAGGAGAUAGAGCAGAAUUAAGACGGAUACUGAGUAACUUGCUGCAUAAUGCAGUUAAGUUUACAUCAGAAGGCCACAUAAUUGUUCGUGCUUGGGCUCGGAAAACCAGCUUUGAUCAAAGUCGCAGUAUUUCUCCGAAAACAAGCACUGGUUGGCUGUCAUGCUUACAUGCACGGAAGGAUGAAUCUACGUCAGAAGUACAAGAUACGUCAGAAGUGCUAGUACUGAACAGUGUUCAGAAAGAUCCAAACUGCAUGGAAUUAGUAUUCGAGGUGGAGGAUACCGGGAAAGGAAUUCCAAAAGAGAAACAGACAUCUGUUUUUGAGAAUUUCGUUCAAGUGGAUGAUGAAUCAAACACAGGCAUUGGCUUAGGCCUCGGCAUUGCUCAGUCAUUGGUAGGUCUAAUGGGUGGCAAGUUAGGUAUAGUAGGCAAAAAUAUUGGUGAAGAAGGUACUUGUUUCAGAUUCAACGUUUUCCUGAUAGCGUGUGAUCAACCUCAAGCUCAAGAAAGUCAAGCAACUACUGUUAAUUAUGCAAGAGAGGAUGAUUUGGAAUCACUGACCGGAGGUGGUUCAGUAGCAAGUAGUAGCAGAUUUAAACCAGAAACAUCCAAUGCCAUUCUUUUCAUUAAGGAGGAAGAAAGAAGCCGAGUUCUUCGUAGAUUCAUGAUGAACGUACUCGGCUUAAGGGUACAUGUUGUGAAUCAACAUGAGCAGUUUUCUCAAACUCUCAAGAUGAUGAAAGAGAACAUAAUCAAGGUUGCAUCACGCAGCAACUCCUUCUCCUCAUCCUCAAUAAGAUCACAGGAAAUUUCCCUCCAUGCUUUAUAUGUAACAAAUGUCAAUGAUUGUAUUGAUAUCUCAUCAUCUCAGAGGAGGGGCAGAGGACUUAGUUCUAGGAUUUCACUUAUAAGAUUCGUCUUGAUCGUAAUUGACACAAGUGCUGGACCAAUUCGAGAAAUGACUCAAGCUAUGACUGAAUUUAGAAAGGACCUUCCCAAAGAUGUCUCCCUUCGAGUUGUUUGGCUUGAAAAUCCUGGUGCAGACAAGGACAAACUACCUUCGACAGAUAUAGUCAUAGCCAAACCAUUGCAUGGUUCUAAUCUAUAUCGCGCCCUCAGAGAUGUACCAGAGUUUCGAGAUAAAAUUUUACCGACCAUCACACAAGAAAUGAAGGAAGAAACAAUUCAGCAUGUUUCGAUCGAUGUUCCCGGACCUUCGGGUUCGAAGUGA